CGACAACUCCCCGUCUCAUUGAGUUAGUCUUCAAAAGUAUCUUCAAUACCCAUAAUUCAUCGGUGUCCAGUGGACCAAAUUUUCUGUGGUGCUGUCUUUAGUGGCGGCUUGCUUUACCUCUUGUCUUUUUGAUCCUCUUUCGCAUUCUUCCCGAAACACCGGUAACCUUUCUCCUUGUAUAUCGAACCUUGUCUUCCCCGGCAAACACAAAAUGAGCGCCCACGAUUUUGUCGAGGGGGAGGCCAUGUUAGACGAUGAGGAGAAUGAAGAGGAAUUGGCCGAUGACUACGACGGUGAAGGUGGUGAAGUCCAUCAGGGUGCUGGCCCUGCGAAUCACUACGACUCAAGUGAAGAGGACGAGGAUGACGAGGACGACGAGGAGGCUGCCCGCGCAGUUCGAGAAGGUUUCAUUGUCGAUGAAGAUGAGGAACUCGAGGAACGCGCAGAGCGCCGGCGCGAGAAAAGGAAGCGCCGUAGGGAAGAACGCGAGCGUGAAGAUGAGCAUCUAGAUGAGGAAGAUUUAGAACUUAUUGGAGAACUCAAUCCAUCGCUCCAGGCCCCGGUUGCUGCAGAGUCUAAAUUCAAGCGCUUGAAACGUGGACACAAAGAUCGUGACCUUCGACAACCAUCUCAGGGUAUUGACGAUAUCUUCAAUUCGGACGAAGAAGAGGAAACUGCAGGUGACUAUGGCAGACUUGGACAUAGAAGGCCUAUGCAUGAUGAGAUGGAUGACUUCAUCGAGGAGGAUGUCUUUUCAGAUGAGGAGCUACAACGAGAACGAGAGGAUCUGGAGAUUGCGCGUCCUGCGAGGAAGGGUAUGACCGGUCUUGGAGGUACUGAUGCUGCCGGCUUGGAUGAGAACGCCCUGGAGGACAUGCGCGCCGCCUUCGGAGAUGGAAACGAAUACUUAUUUGCCUUGGAGAUGGAGGACCAUGAAGAAGAGCAGGACGAAGUUGACGAGAAACACCUGGACCUUAAGGAUGUCUUUGAGCCAUCUCAGCUGGCGGAGAAGAUGCUAACGGAGGAGGACAACCAGAUCCGUCUGUUGGAUGAACCAGAAAGACAUCAGAUUGCUCGAAAACCGUAUCGCAAUGUUGUCUUGACUGAAGACCAAUUCCGAGAAGAAGCCGCCUGGAUCUCCAACCUCAUGCUCCUCAAGAAGCGUAUUGAGCCCGAGCUGCGCGAACCUUUCCAACGCUCUGUAGCCAAGGUGCUUGAAUUCCUGGUGACAGACGAUUGGGAAGUCCCAUUCAUAUUUCAGCAUCGCAAGGACUACAUGAUCCACGCUGUCAAGGCUACUGCUGAGGGCACCGGUGAAGAUGGCGAUGCGUCUCAGUACACGAUACGGGCGGAAAAACUUUUAAACAUGACAGAUCUCUGGGACAUAUUUGAGCACGACCUUAAAUUCAAGGCUCUGGUAGAGAAACGAAGUACUAUCCAGAAAACCUAUGAUAAUCUGCAGAGUCUGUUCAAUGUGAGCGAUCCUGUUGUGGAGGAGAUGCUUCCAGCAGCUGUUACCAUGGAGGAGCUCCAAGAUGUACAGGAUUAUAUUCACUUCCAAUACGCGUCUCAACUACGGGACAUGACUCUCAUGAACGGCGAUGCCAACGGUGAAACACACCGGCGAAAGGCGUCAAGCAAGACCUUCUUCGAGCGUGUUCGGAAUGGUAAGGCAUAUGGCUUGGUGCGCGCAUUCGGUAUUUCAGCAGACGCUUUUGCGCAAAAUGCUCUGAAGGAGGGUCGUCGUCAGUACACGGAAGACCCAGCAGAGCGGCCGGAGGAGAUGGCCGAUGGGUUCGUGGAUAAUGACUUUUCUAAUGCAUCGCAUGUUGUCAAAGCAGCUAAGAGCCUGUUUGCCGAGGAAAUUGUGAUGAGUCCUAAGAUGCGCAAGGUGGUGCGCCAGGCGUACUACAUGAAUGGUGCUGUUGACUGCUUUCGAACGGAGAAGGGCCUGCGUAGGAUCGAUGAGCAACAUCCGUACUACGAGUUUAAAUACCUCCGAAACCAGCAACUGAGUGACAUCGCUCGUCGACCUGAACUCUAUCUUCGCAUGCUCAAGGCCGAAGAGGAGGGCUUAGUGGAAGUCAAGGUCCGCUUUGAGAAUUUUGACCAAUUUCGCCAACGUCUCUAUCCCGACAUUGAGUCUGAUAACUAUAGCGAAAUCGCGGACGGCUGGAAUCGUGCACGUCGGGACGUCUUGGAUAUGGCUCUUGGGAAGCUAGAGCGACUGAUCAACCGCAGCGUGAAGGAGAACAUCCGUCAAGAAUGUGAAAAUCAUGUGGCGAAGGAAUGUCGAGAAACUUUCUCUCAGCGAUUGGAUCAAGCCCCUUAUAAGCCGAAGGGAAUGGUGCUGGGAACUGUUCCCCGUGUCCUGGCUUUGUCUACUGGGACUGGUAUUGUCGGACGGGAGCCUAUACAUUGGACCUAUAUUGAAGAGGACGGUCGUGUGCUAGAGAAUGGAAAGUUCGUGGACUUGUCGAUUGGAGACCGUGAUCGCAAUAUCCCAGACGGCAAGGAUGUUGAGGCCUUUGUGGAGCUUGUGGAUCGUCGACGACCAGACGUCAUUGGCGUUAGCGGCAUGUCCCCCGAGACCCGUCGGUUAUAUAAACUUCUGGCUGAGGUUGUCGAUAAGAAAGACUUACGCGGUGCUCCGUACACUGAUGACCAUGACGAGGAGAUCAGUGAUCGCUUGGAAGUGGUCAUUGUCAACGACGAGGUGGCGCGACUCUACCAGCACAGCGAACGGGCAAAGAAGGACCACCCCAGCUUUGCUCCUUUGACACAUUACUGCGUUGCUUUGGCCAAAUAUCUGCAGAGCCCCUUGAAGGAAUAUGCCUCACUAGGCCGGGAUAUUGUUUCUAUUCAGUUCAAACCAGGCCAGCAGUUGGUCACCCAAGAGUUACUCCUGAAACAACUAGAAACAGCUUUGGUGGAUAUGGUCAAUCUGGUUGGUGUGGAUAUCAAUGAAGCAGUGACAGAUACCGCAACAGCCAAUCUUCUUCCUUACGUCUGUGGUCUUGGUCCACGUAAGGCAGCGCACUUGCUCAAGAUCGUUAACAUGAACGGCGGUGUAGUGAACAAUCGUGUGGAGCUACUAGGAGUGAAUGCACAGUACCCAGCAAUGGGUGUGAAGGUCUGGAACAACUGCGCUAGCUUCUUGUAUAUUGAUUUUGAGAAUGUCGAUCCGGACGCAGAUCCACUAGACAACACCCGGGUACACCCCGAAGACUAUGAUAUUGCUCGGAAGAUGGCUGCCGAUGCCUUGGAGUUGGAUGAGGAGGACAUCAAAGCGGAAACGGAUGAGAACGGCCCGGGCGCUAUCGUGCGUAAACUGUUCCGGGAAGAAGCACAAGACCGAGUCAAUGAUCUGAUCCUGGAGGAGUACGCCGAACAGUUGGAAAAGAAUUUGAACCAAAGAAAACGUGCUACACUUGAAACGAUUCGGGCGGAACUCCAACAACCGUAUGAGGAGCUGCGGAAGCAAUAUGUCUUCCUUAGUACGGAUGACAUCUUUACCAUGCUCACGGGCGAGACACCGGACACGUUGGCUGAAGGCAUGGUGGUGCCGAUCUCCAUUAAGCGGGUUUCAGACGACCACAUCGACGGCAAGUUGGAUUGUGGUAUCGACGCCCUAGUUCCCGAGUCGGAGCUCACCGACCGAUAUGAUAUCCCCGUUCGGGCGUUAUACUCACCACAUCAGACCGUGCCGGCUAAGAUCCUGUUCCUGAACCGGAAGAAUUUCACUUGCAACGCCUCUCUACGGGAGGAGCAAGUCAGUCGACCAGUGUCCAAUGUCCAGGAUCGCUUACGUGGGGAAUGGGAUGAGCGGCAGGAGCAACAGGAUCGUGAGUCCAUGCAGGAGAAAACGCAAAGUGGUGGACGAACAAUGCGUGUCAUCAAGCAUCCCUUGUUCCGGCCAUUCAAUUCCACUCAGGCAGAAGAGUUCCUGGGUUCGCAAAGUCGAGGCGAUGUGGUUAUUCGACCGUCGUCCAAGGGCCCAGACCAUCUGGCUGUGACAUGGAAGGUGGCUGAUGGCAUCUUCCAGCACAUUGAUGUGCUGGAGUUGGACAAGGAAAACGAGUUCUCCGUCGGACGGACUCUCAAGGUUGGGGGCCGUUACACCUACAGCGAUCUGGAUGAUCUGAUUUUCAACCACGUUAAAGCGAUGGCCAAGAAGGUUGAUGAAAUGAUGCUGCAUGAGAAGUAUCAGGAUGGCAUCAAGGACGCCACUUACUCCUGGUUGGAGACGUAUACAAAAGCGAAUCCAAAACGGUCCGCCUACGCAUUCUGUAUCGAUCCCAAACAUGCCGGGUAUUUCUUCCUCUGCUUUAAAGCCGGGGAAAAUGCGCGACUGCAGAGUUGGCCGGUGAAGGUGAUUCCUCAAGGCUACGAGCUCCAACGCAACCCAUAUCCUGAUAUGCGGGCGUUAUGCAAUGGAUUUAAGUUGCUAUUUACCAACAUGCAAGCAGGGAAGCGGAGGUAAAGAUAGGAAUGUGCUUUCUUUAUUCUUUAUAUUUUUAUGUUAUUUUUGUAUUCUCCUGUAUACUGUGUAACAAAUAUCCUUACGAUUCUGGAUGGAGUUGAUUUUACAUUCUCCGAAUUUCGAUUGCGAGGGGUAGAAAAGAUGGAACGUUUUCUUAUUAUUUUCCCCCAAUUUUUUUCCUCUCUUCUUUGCUGGAAAACGAUCAUCCAUUUGCUUUCCAAAAUUGAUAGAAAGAAAUAAGACUUCUAGAA